AAAGUCUCAGUUAUCAAGUUUAAAUUAUACAGACAAAUAAGAAGCUUCUAAGUAAAGAAAUGGUAACAUUUUUUCCCUUUGGAGAGCGAGCAAGAGCGAGCCAUUUGAGAAUGGAGACGAUUAAUCAAACGUUAUAGGUUGGAGAGCAGAAGGGGUGGAGUCCCACAGUAAUAUAAUCUGCUCAAAGGCGAAUUCUUUCGCAAACUGCAAAGCAUAAAGAAAGAAAAGUAGAACAACAAAGCAGAUUCUCCCUACAUUUAUAAUGGCUUAUCCAGUCAACCAAGCUAUGUAUCCACCAGCGUUUGGAAUGCAAGCCCCACCUACCUCUUUUCCUGGAUACGAGGGUCUUGUACCCGGAGUUAGCGGUGGAUUUCUCCCUCCUCCCCCUCCACAAGUCUUGCCCACUCCAGUACACACAACCCAGCAAGACUGGAGCAUUCCUAGGCUCUCUGAGGAAGCUGCCAGAGAAGCUUUCACCAGCUUUGUGGACUCUCAUUGCUGUUAUUCUUCUGAGCCAGUGAAAGAUGGAGUGAUUACCAGCAUGGAACAAUUCAACACCUUCCGUUAUCGACUGGAGACCUUCACAGAGUCCCGGAAAACUGAAUGGGCCACGAAGCCUUAUGAAGGUGAGACGAUGAACCCUUUCACACAGCCGCCUCCUGGUCCAUGGGAAAUGCCAGUUAAGGCCCCCGUCAUGUUUAAAGACCAUGUUCAGGAACUUGAAAUCCCUAACUCACAGUCGAUCAAGCCCUGUGACACAUGCUCAGCCUCAGGAAGAGUUAAAUGCAAUAAAUGUAGUGGCACGGGGUCUAUAACGUGCUCGACAUGCAGGGGUGCUGGGAAGGACUCCGCAGAGGACAGAUGCAAUUCAUGCAAUGGCACAGGGAAACAGAAGUGUUCCGACUGUUCCGGUCAGGGAACUGAGGAAUGUGGGACCUGUAAAGGGAAACGGCAGCUUCUCUCAUACAUCAAGCUUAUGGUGCAAUGGAAAAACAAUGUGGAAGAUUUUAUUGUGGAGCAGUCAAGUGGUUUGGAUGUAGCGAAUUUGGGAGAGGUUUCUGGAAAGCCACUCUUCAAAGAUGCCCUGCAAAUGGUAUAUCCAAUGACUGGUUUCCCACAUCCUGGUGUGGCUGAAGCCUCUGAAAAAAUGGUCAUGGAGCAUCGCAGCAAAUAUUCACAGUCUGGUCGUAUCAUGCAACAGCAACAAAGCAUCGAACUAAUUCCCAUCUCCAAGGUGAACUACCAGUGGAAAGGAAAACAGUAUUUCUACUUUGUCUACGGUACUGAGUCAAAAGUGAAGGCAGACGACUAUCCUGCCACGUGUUGCUGCAUUAUACUGUAAAAACCUGUACUAUACACCCCAUAAGCAUAAAUACCAGGGGAUGUGACAGUCACCUGACUUCAUUUUUAAAACUGCUUUUAUAUAAGAAAAAAUAAUAGAUGGCCAAGUGGCACAACAGAAAAGUGUUCAGUGUUCACUGGUUCCAGGAGUCCUGGGAUGGCUUUACUUCCCUGUCAUUCACUGCUACACUAGCCAAUUGUGGAUGUUUGUGGGAUUUGCUGGCCAUACCUUCCACUUUUGGUAGUUGACAGGGGGAGGGUGGGAAUUGGCAUAACGAUGAAAUUGGAAGAAAAAUGGCAGAAAAUUGGACAAAAAGAUAAAAUAUAAACCAAAGCUUGACCCGACUUCGAUUUGAAGAUGCAUAAAUCAAGACUAGACAUGGACUUGCAGUGUACGACAUGGUAAAGUCUCAAUCUUCGGUCGCCUCCUUUUAGAAUUGCUUCCUGCUAAUGUGUUAACUAGAAUCUGCAGCUCAUUACUGGUUAUGUAGAUGUUGUUGGCAUACAACUUUCAGAAAUCUUGAUAUGCCCAUGUGAUGGCUUGGCCUGUCUGACUGCACCUAACUUACAUGGUACCUUGACACUAAAGACAUCACUUGAGACUUGGAGGUAAAGAAUGGAGACUUGCAUUGUGUGCUUUAUUCCUACCACUGUUUAAAAAAUGCAGCCUUUAUUACCUCUAUUUUGGCAUUUCUAUGAUAUUAUAACUGGAACAAUUAGAUUAAAAAAUUAGUCAGGUCUUUAACAUGUUUACUGAAUUAUGAUUAUGCUAUGCAUUUGAAAAGGAAUUAGCAUUAGUAUUAAUGUAAUUAAGAUGGUAAAAGUGUGAUUUUUACUAACUUGCAUGCACUCAGUUUUAAAGUUGGCUAAACAUCUACUAAAUGAUGAAAGAUAACAUUUGCAUGUUAUAUGGCACAUGCCUUACCACUGCAUAGUUACAGUAGAGGAACUACAUAUUUUUGUUGUAAGCACCUGUGCAGAAGGGCUUGUACUGAGCUAUUAUAUUAUCUAUAUAUUUGUAUGUAUAUGAAAACCUGUGGUGACAACUAUAUAUAUACUUUGGCUCUAUGGGGGCCUGUGGUCGUAUACGUUUCUAUAUGUUAACCUGUGGAGACAUCUAUAUGUAUAAGAAUACCUGUUCAAGUGUAUGUUGUCUACAUGAAAACCUGUUGAGACAUCUAUAUGUACACUUUAGCUCUAUGAGGGCCUUUGGAGGUAUAUGUUACCUAUAUGAAAACUUGGAGAUGUGGAGAUGUUUGUGUGUGUGUGUGUGUGUGUUAUUAUGGGUGUAUGUACACUGUAUCUGUAUCAAAACCCGUAGAUGUUAAUGCAUAUCUUCCAUCUGUAGUAUUGGGCGGUGGUGGGGGGUGGGGGUGGCAGUCAUCGUGGUGGGAUUCUAAAAAGAAAUCAAUUUUGCUAAUAGUUGAUUUAUUUUUCUGAAUAAUGCCAGGGAGGCAAAUGACUAUCAGACAUCUACAUGCAUAAAAUAAACUUAACAUUAAAAGUGGAA